AAACCACUCUGCAGUGUUGGUGUUUCAUUCUGUCGCCAGCAUCUGACGCCCAGCGCGGGGCUCGACGGAACCGAAAGGGAUCCGGGUUCCAUUGAGAUUGGUGAAGUUGCAGGAUGAGCGACCCAAUCAUGUGCCAGUUUCAGGAACUGUCAAUGCAGAGGACUUUCACCUUUGUGACAAGAGAGGCAGGUCCACCGACAUGGGGACAGUUGAAGAAACUGACUCAAGAAGCUGAGAAAACAUUGCAGGGAUCAUGACCCUCGUCUAGUUAUGAAUUUUUCAAAUCAUGUAAUUGUAGAUUGGAGUCCUACUCAUGGAGAAUUUUUAGAAAAAUGGUCUAAUCGAUCUUUAAAAUGGCUUCGCAUAAAUGGUACCUUGAGUGGUCAAGGAAAUGAAGCUGUAAUAUGGCAACAUUUUGCAUUGGUUCCACCUCAAUUACAAAUGGAUGGGCACCCUCAAUUACAAGGAGAUAUAUGGAAAUUAUGGGCAGUGUCAGGUGACCUUACUAUAUGGACAGGAAACUUUACUUUAAAUAUUAAUGAUCCUAAGGGGCCAUUUCAAGUUCAUUUGCAUAUUAAUAAAUCUUACUCUGCUAUAGCAUGUGUAAAAUUUCCUUAUUCUUUACUGUAUGGGCAAUGGAUUUGGAAUGAAAUUUUGGGAGUUAUAUCAUGUUCUGAUUGUAACUUGACUCAGUGUAUAAAUCGUUCUUGGUGGGAAAAUGUUGAAAACAAGAUGGUCCAUUCCAGUAAUCGCUCUUCGGUCACUGUGAAAGCACGGGCUGGGCUCUGGUUGCCUGGGAACCUCACUCGGCCGUGGUCGGGCUCUUGUGCUGCCGCUCCUCUUGUGAACGCUGUUCACACUCUUCUCCAUCGAUCCCCAAGAAUGCUUGGCGUCGUCAUCGCAUCAGUUCCCGCCGUGGCUUCAGUAACAGCAACAGCAACUGUAGCAGCUCUUGCUUUGCAUCAGGGCAUACAGACGGCUGAUUUUGUCAGGGAGUGGCAUAAAGAUGCUCAUUUAUUGUGGCAACAACAGCAUGAUUUGGACGCUCAAUUGGCUACUGAUGUAUUGAAUUUACAGCACACUGUUUCCUGGUUAGGAGAUCAAGUGACUGUGUUAGCUACAAAGAGUGUGUUAAAAUGUGAUUGGAACUCAUCUCACCUAUGUGUAACCCCUGUUCCCUUUAAUAUGAGUGAGGGUUAAGAAAAGGUGAAAAGGUCUUUAGUGGGACACCAGAAUUUAACUGCUGAAAUUAUGGAAUUGGAACAAACUAUAUUGUCAACUUUUAGUAAGACGCUGCCUGAUAUUCUUGGUUCUGAUAUACUGAAGAGUCUUCAAGAAGGAUUAGAUAACCUUAAUCCUUUAGGGCAUGUAUCUACAUUGUUAACAACAUCCUUUGUGAAUACUUUGUUAAUUGUUGCUUUA